UUUCUCUCCCCCCCACCCCCCGCCCGCCCCCCGCUGGAUUUGCCCUCUUCCUUCUGUAUCUCAUCCUCCUGCACGCAUCUCCUCCUUCCCGCCGCCGCCACCGCCUCCGUCCCGGCCUCCCCCCCCCCCCCCAGUUGCCGGAACGGUUAGCCUGACCCUUCCUUCAAGCAUCGAUGAGUGGCCGAGCCAGCCGUUGACGUGGCGGCACGGUUUCUCCGAAGCUCCGUUCUCAGCCAUGCUCGCCACGGCCGCGGCUGGGACCGUCCCGCCGGCGGCUUAUUAUUCCCCUGUGAAGCCAGACAGGAGAUGGAGGAUUUCUUGGAGGUGUCGGGCGGCAAGAGUCGAGGCUGGGUACUCCCAAUUGGAGGUGAGACAAGUCACCUAUCGACCACCUGGAACUGAACAAAACUUGUUGAAUGAAAUUAGCCUCUCUCUUCGGGAGAAAAGUUUUGGUUUGAUAUUUGGACGGAGUGGGAGUGGAAAGACCACCCUUUUACAGCUUUUGGCUGGUCUAUCAGAACCUACCUCUGGGUCUAUUUGCAUUCAGAAGUAUGAUGAUAGUGGAAAACCUACUGACUUAUCUGAAGUGCUAACUUCUCAAAGAGUUGGAAUAGUAUUUCAGUUUCCUGAGAGGUACUUCUUAGCAGAUACUGUACUUGAAGAAGUUACUUUUGGAUGGCCCAGGCAAAAGGCAGACCUUCUAUUCAAGGAGCAGCUAGCUUUAAAACUUCAAAGUACCUUUAACUCGGUUGGUCUGAUAACCAUUUCUUUGGAUGAGGAUCCACAGUCUCUAAGUGGUGGGUUUAAGCGGCGACUUGCUUUGGCAAUUCAACUGAUUCAAACUCCUGAUGUAUUGCUGCUUGAUGAGCCACUUGCUGGUCUUGAUUGGAAGGCUCGGGCUGAUGUUGUGAAUCUCCUGAAGGACCUAAAGAAACACCACACAAUACUGGUUGUAAGUCAUGAUAUAAGGGAACUAUAUCCACUAGUGGAUCGCUCAUGGAGAAUGGAGAUGGGGGGAAGUUUGAAAGAGGAAGCUUUGCCCGUGUAAAAAUCAACUACUUUUGUAAACUUAGAUUAAGUUCGUCUGGGUAAUUCCUUGAAGAUACAACGGAGUCAAAGAUAGCUGUGAUUGAGUCAUUUGGUACUAAGUGCUGACAUCUGCAGAUCGAUAAUUCAGGGAACGAAAAAUGCUACAAAACAGAGAUCAUGGAUCUUAGUCCUGAACAUUGGCUGCAGAAAUGGAGAACAAUCUGUGAUGCAGACAUGAUCGAUAAUUCAGGGAACGAAAAAUGCUACAAAACAGAGAUCAUGGAUCUUAGUCCUGAACAUUGGCUGCAGAAAUGGAGAACAAUCUGUGAUGCAGACAUUAUCGAGCUAAGAUGAUGUUUGCACAGUGUUAUUGAAUUUUGGAUCCAGGAUCGAGCUAUUGGUCGUUGUUGCACAAGUGAGUGGCGAGGCUAUCGAAAGCCCUGCACAUUUUGAAAUGUGGGUUCAACUUGACGCCAAGGAUGGUGUUAGCAUUUACACUGGAGAUUCAGAGAACCUCAUUUCCUUGUACUACUAGUAGAAACGUCAUCGAUGACAAUUGUUGUUUCUUAUUGUACGCCUGUAGGUUAUUUUCUCAGAAGUUCUUUGAUCU